CUGAGCUGCGCCCAGCAAUGUGCUUCUUCCCGCUCCCCCACACUGACCUCAGCCCCCUCACCGGCUGUAGAAAAUGGUGAAAGAAACUACUUACUACAUUUUGGGGGUCAAACCCAAUGCCACCCAGGAAGAAUUGAAAAAGGCUUACAGGAAAUUGUCUUUGAAGUACCACCCUGACAAGAAUCCAAAUGAAGGAGAGAAGUUUAAACAGAUUUCUCAAGCUUAUGAAGUGCUCUCUGAUGCGAAGAAAAGGAAAUUAUAUGACAAAGGAGGAGAACAGGCAAUUAAAGAAGGUGGAGAAGGUGGUGGUUUUGGCUCCCCCAUGGAUAUCUUUGAUAUGUUUUUUGGAGGAGGAGGAAGGAUUCAGAGAGAAAGGAGAGGUCAGAUUGUCAAACAUGGAGAUAUCAAGUGUGUGCUGAAUGAAGGCAUACCAAUUAAUUGUAGACCAUAUGAAAAGGGUUGCCUAAUCAUCAAAUUUAAGGUAAACUUUCCUGAGAAUGGCUUUCUCUCUCCUGAUAAACUCUCUUUGCUGGAAAAACUCCUACCUGAGAGGAAGGAAGUAGAAAAGACUGAUGAAAUGGACCAGGUAGAACUGGUGGACUUUGAUCCAAAUCAGGAAAGAUGGCGCCAUUACAAUGGAGAAGUGUACGAGGAUGAUGAACAUCACCCUAGGGGAUGUGUUCAGUGUCAAACCUCUUAA